GAGGUUCUCGACAUAUAACGCCUCCUCAAGGGCGGAUCUUCAUAUUUGCUUCAUUACGAUUCUUCACCAUACAAUACUGCAAAGCUCACAACAUGAACACCGUUGAAAGAGGUGUUGCCAACGAUCCCAAACCAGACGCCGGGCUUGGAAGGUUUGCCACUGCGGGCGAGUCGUCGCCGAGUUUCAACGGCAAGCCUACGGAGGGCUUCAAUGUAAAGGAUGGUGAUGUUGAAGCGGCAUAUACAAGAGGUCAAGAAGCGAUCACCGUUUCGAGCGAUGAGACUCCUCUCCCACCUCCUUUCAAAGGUCUUUCGAUCCUCGACCGCCUACUCGUCCUAUGGAUCCUCCUCUCCAUGGCUCUUGGCAUAAUUCUGGGUAACUUGGUCCCCUCGGUCGGUCCAGCGCUGCAACGCGGUACAUUCGUCGGCGUUUCCGGACCCAUAGCCGUUGGUUUACUGGUCAUGAUGUACCCAAUUCUUUGCAAGGUCCGCUUCGAGACGUUACACCUCCUGGCAAAAUCAAAGGAGCUGUGGCGACAGAUUGGAAUCUCGUUCCUCCUAAAUUGGAUCAUAGCGCCGCUGUUCAUGACCGCUCUGGCAUGGGCUUUCCUACCGGAUCGACAAGCGCUCAGAGAUGGGUUGAUCUUCGUUGGUGUGGCAAGAUGCAUCGCCAUGGUGCUGAUCUGGACGGACCUUGCAGGCGGCGAUGGCGACUAUUGCGCAGUACUGGUGGCUUUCAACAGUAUCCUGCAAAUUGUGCUGUUUGCACCCAUGGCCGUCUUCUACAUCCGAGUCGUCUCGCAUGAUCCAGCGGACUUUGACGGUUACCUCUAUCAAGAUGCGGCCACCUCCGUCGCGGUGUUCUUGGGCAUCCCAUUGGCCGCAGCCAUCAUUACCCGCUUGGCACUGCGGGCCCUGCUCGGCGAAGAGAAAUACCAGAAGUACUUCAUUCGCUUCAUUGCGCCGUUGUCGCUGAUUGGAUUGCUUUACACCAUCAUCGUCUUAUUUGCAAGUCAAGGAUUACACGUUGUUCAGCAGAUCACCUCAGUGUUACGCGUGUGCGCUCCACUGGUGGUUUACUUCUUGGUCAUCUUCCCGCUCACGGCGAUCAUGAUGUGGCGCGCUGGCUUCGGCUACAAGAUCGGGUGCACGCAGGCCUUCACAGCAGCGUCCAACAACUUUGAGUUGGCUAUUGCCGUGGUCGUCUCCGUAUAUGGCGCAGGAAGCGAGGAGGCUCUGGCAUCGACUGUGGGACCUCUCAUUGAGGUGCCAGUCUUGGUUGCCCUGGUGUAUGUGAUCAGAUGGUUCAAGAACCGGUAUGGUUGGAAAGAGCCAGUACGCAAAUAG